AUGGGCAGCUGCAAUUCCGUGGAAGAUCAUUCCGCACCGGGAGCCGUAAAGCUGACGACGAGUGGGAGCCACUUGGAGCUGGACAUUUUGGCAGCUCAACCCAGGAGGUCCUCUGAAGACACUCCACCGCAGAUAGCUUUGGAUGCGAUGCCGCUUCCUGUUGGAGACCAGGAAGCAACUCCGACCUUCAAUUUGGCCUCUGCUCUGGCUAAGAAUUCCCAGGGAGGAUCACCCUCGAAGGCAAAAUUGCUCAUGGCCGGAGAGCUCUGCAAUGCAGCCAUUGAAGGCGACAUCGCGGAGCUGCAGAGCCUCCUCGAAGCAGGCUAUGACGUGAACGCAGGUGACUACGACCGCCGGACGGCCAUCCACAUCGCAGCUGCCGAAGGCCGAGACGAGGUCGUUGCAUUCCUGCUGUCUCGCAAAGCGGACAUGACGGUUGUUGAUCGCUGGGGCCACACGCCCUUGGACGAGGCACUGCGAGCUGGACACAGCAAGGUGGCAGCAUUGCUCAAGCCAGCCGAUGCAAAAACUGCAGAGAUCACAUCUGGCAACUUUGAAAGACAAACGUCUGACAUGGAGACUGCGGCCAUGCUUUGUGCUGCUGCUGCCACUGGGUGGCUGCCGCAGAUUGAGAAGCUGUUGAAGAGUGGGGCCGACCCUUCGGCGGCCGACUACGAUGGUCGCACCGCGCUGCACAUAGCUGCAGCCCGCGGACAUGCAGAGGUGGUCAGCAUGCUGCUUCGUGCGAAGGCUAAUCCGACAGCUCACGAUUCCUUUGGCAAGACGCCAGUGGACGAGGCUUUCCAGCACAACGAUGCUGCGGUGAUCAGGGCGCUGGGAGCAGCAGGAACUAACAUUCUGGAUGAGGCUGCUGGUCAGAAAAACACAGACUUCGAGGCGCUCAAGACCAUGGCAGCAUCUGAGCACUGGUCAAUUGUCGCCUCGGAGGUGCAGUUCGGAAAGUGCUUGUCCACAACCAUCAAGAGUGCAGUUUACUUGGCCACGUGGCGUGGGUUGAAGGUCGUGGCAAAGACCGUUAAGGAUGUGAGGGCUUCCGGCCUCAAUCCACGCCGUGCGCAAGAAGCAAGCGACUCUACAGUUCGAAUUGCACGGGACGAACUGCUGCAUGAGAUCAGGACCCUGUCCACUCUCCGGCAUCCCGAUCUCGUGCUCUUUCUUGGUGCGAGCUUGGACACUGAGACCUGCUUCUUCCUCACGGAGUACAUGGAGGGUGGAGAUGUGGAGACAUAUAUGCGAUCCAAUCGGAUCAAAGCCAACAACAAGGAGUUCAAGCCGCCAUACAAUGUUGCAUUGUCUUGGUUCCUCUCAACAGCCCGGGCUUUGGCGUUCUUGCAUGGUUGUGCGCGUCCCAUCAUUCACCGAGACCUGAAGCCUCUGAACCUCCUGUUGACCAAAGGGUUGGACUUGAAGGUGACAGAUUUUGGCUUGAGCAAAAUUAUGCGGCCGAAGCUCCUGGAUCUUUCUGGGAGGGACACGUCGCCUGCACCGAUGAUGUCUGGUGGUGUUGGCACAUACCGGUACAUGGCUCCAGAAGUUGUGCGAUAUGAGCAAUACACAGACAAAAUCGACAUCUUUGCGUUUGCCCUCAUCAUGUACUACAUAGUUGCAGGAAAGAUGCCUUUCUUUGAUUUCUGUGGCGAGGAUCCGGAGAAGGUGCUCCGUGCCUACCUAAAGGGGCAGGAGCCCAGACCAUCCUUGUCCUCGUCAUAUGGCACGCCAGAGCUGCGCAGCCUCAUGCAGGAUGCCUGGGCCGUAAAAGCGGAAGACAGGCCUUCGGCACAAGAGUGUGUUGACCGACUUCAACAGCUUCCGGCAGGGAAGCCAUCACGCAUGUUUGGCCUCUUUUGA